AUGGCGCCCUUACUGCUCCAAAUCCAAAAUAUUCCUUCCCUUCCUCUCUAUACUUCACUGGUCGCCCUAGUAAUCCUGGUUCUUUGUUGGAUGAGAUUCAAAGCCACUCAUAUCCCGACACUACUUAAGUUGCCCCCGGGUCCAAGGAAGCUACCAGUUCUAGGAAACUUGCUUCAGUUAGUAGGGGCAGUACCACACCACUGUCUAAGAGACUUGGCCAGCAAGUAUGGACCUAUCAUUCACCUCAGAGUGGGACAAGUAUCGGUUGUAGUCAUUUCAUCACCUGAAUUAACCAAAGAGCUGUUGCAGACCCAAGAGGCUAUUUUCUCGCAGCGGCAUACUAGUGAUCUUGCUGUGACAGCUUCCUCCAAUGUUCUUUCAGGGGUCUUUUUCAGUCCCUACAAUCAUUUCUGGAGACAAAUGCGCAGGAUUAGUGUUUUGGAGCUCCUAAGUAGAAAGAGAGUGUUGUCCUAUCGAUCAAUAAGAGAAGAAGAGGCAUGGAAUCUUGUUCAAUCAAUUAAGGAUCAUUAUCAAACCAAGCUUGGUCAUCUUAAUCUUAGUGAGGUGAUUUUCUCCAUGCAAAACAAUGUGACUGCCCGUGCAGCCUUAGGGAAGAAGUGCAAACAUGGAAAGGAGUUUACAGCAUUGAUCAACGAGUCACUGCUCCUCGCCGGAGGCUUUGCCCUGGCUGAUUUGUUCCCUUCCCUGAAAUUCCUCCCUUAUCUCACAGGUAUCAGAUCUGCCCUUGAGAAAAUAAACAAAAAGGUCGACCAGAUUCUUAAUGAUGUCAUUAGUGAACAUAAAGAUAAAACAAUUAGCAGAGCUCAUGAUGCUGCCGAUGAACAAGAAGAUGCUCUUGUUGAUGUCCUUCUUAAACUCCAAGACGCUGGUGGGCUUCAAUUUGAUCUCACAACAACCCACAUCAAAGCUGUAACCCUGGAAAUGUAUGCCGGUGGAAGCGAAACUUCAGCAACUACCACAGAAUGGGCAAUGUCCGAACUCAUGAGAAAUCCAAAAGUAAUGCAGAAAGCACAAGCAGAAGUGCGACAAGUUCUUGCCAGGAAGAGGAAAAUCUACGAGGCCGACAUAGUUUUAAUCAAUGUAUGGGCAAUGGGGAGAGAUCCAACACAUUUGGGUGCAGAAGCUGACAGCUUUCAGCCUGAGAGGUUCCAAGGUAGUGGUUCCAUUGAUUAUAGAGGGUCCAAUUUGGAAUUUAUUCCAUUUGGAGCUGGGAAAAGAAUAUGUCCAGGCAUAACAUUUGGAACUGCAGCAGUGGAACUUGCACUUGCUCAACUGCUAUAUCACUUUGACUGGAGACUCCCCAGUGGGACUGGGACCAAACUUGAACAACUUGACAUGACAGAAUCAGUGGGAUGGAAUACUAAGAGGAGGGAUGAUUUGUAUGUUGUGGCCAUUCCUUUUCUACCCUAA